CUCGCAGGCCCUGGUGCCGCGCCCUAAGGAGAGCGGCACCCACGGCCAAUUGCCAUGGCAACCCCGGGGUUCAUUCCAUUCCCCACCCAGCCGACCCCCGCCUCCUCCGAGCGCCGCAGCCAACCCGCUUGUGCGCGUCCCUAGAGCGCACUAUAAAACCUGCGCCGGUGGCGCUGGGUUAGGAAGGCGAUCUGCGGACCUGGAGGGAGGCGAGCUGAGCCAAUCCACGGCGUAGAAAGUCUCGUUUUGUAAAAGCGGGAGGAAAAAGACUCAGCAUGCAGAGUGGGCCAGUCAUGAGUCCCAAUCUGCCCACUCAAUGUCUUUGCCUGGCUUUCCUGCUCCUCCACCUCCUGGGACAGGUCUCUGCCACUCAGCGCUGCCCCAACCCAUGCCCAGCCGGGUGCCCCAAGACGCCGCCGACGUGCGCCCCCGGGGUGAGAGCUGUGCUGGACGACUGCUCGUGCUGUCUGGUGUGUGCCCGCCAGCGCGGCGACAGCUGCUCGGAGAUGGAGCCGUGCGAGGAGAGCCGCGGCCUCUUCUGUGACCGCAGAGCGGACCCCAGCGCCCAAACUGGAAUCUGCAUGGCGAUAGAGGGAGACAACUGUGUGUUCGAUGGGGUCAUCUACCAAAGCGGCGUGACCUUUCAGCCCAGCUGCAAGUACCAGUGCACCUGCCGGGAUGGGCAGAUUGGCUGUGUGCCUCGCUGCGACGAGGACCUGCUUCUCCCCCAACCUGACUGCCCGGUUCCGAGGAAGGUUGAAGUGCCCGGGGAGUGCUGUGAAAAGUGGAUCUGUGACGCAAACGACACGGAAGCAUUAGGGGACCUGCAUGCCCUUCCAGCCUACAGGACAGAAACCACUCUGGGGGUCGCGGUCUCUGACUCAGGGGUCAACUGCAUUGAACAGACCACAGAGUGGAGCGCGUGUUCCAAGACCUGCGGCAUGGGCCUCUCCACGCAGGUCACCAACAGGAAUCCCCAGUGUGAGAUGGUGAAGCGGACCCGGCUCUGUAUGGUGCGGCCCUGCGAACCAGAGCCCAAGCAACAAGCAGAUAAGAAAGGAAAAAGGUGUCUCCGUACCACGAAGCCCCUCAAAGCCACCCACCUGCAGUUUAAGAACUGCACGAGCCUGCACACCUACAAGCCCAGGUACUGUGGGGUCUGUAGCGAUGGCCGCUGCUGCACCCCCCACAACACCAAAACCAUCCAGGUGGAGUUCCAGUGCGCCCCAGGCCACAUCAUCAAGAAGCCAGUGAUGGUCAUCGGGACCUGCACCUGUCACAACAACUGUCCUCACAACAACGAGGCGUUCCUCCAAGAGUUAAAGCCCAACACCAGCCAAGGGAAAAUCUAACCUGGGCCCCCAGAGGAGGACGCACACCUAUGAGACAAACCAUAGCAACUUCGAGACCUGUCAUCCAAA